AUGGGUCCAUCAGGAUGGCGAGCAACAAUUAGGACACCACCACCGGCGAUGGAGAAAGCUGAACAUGGUUGGCUCAAUAGAGGUUCCAAGAUGUAUCAAGGACUGAUGAGAGGCGCAGAAGUCAACGUUGGGAUGCGACAGUCAAAAAGGAUCAAAUGUGUUCUACAACGGGAGGACGGCCACACUAAUAGUAAGCAAACUGGAUACCCAGAACUCUUCAUAGGAAAACUUGGAAAUUAUCAUUCCGGAGCAACGAAUGGACUCAUUUUCAAGUUGGCCGCCCGGAGCCUCUCUCUCACGAGAGAUUUCAAAAAGGACUCUUCACAAAUGCCAAUUGGAAGGAAAGAGUUAUUCGAAGGACCUUCGAAAUGUCAAAAUCAGGACUGCUCGAAGAAGAACUACCGACUGGUAUGGAACCGUCACGCAGAUCAACAUGAGGUCUACCAGCAACACCGGAAAAGGACUCAUCAACAUCGUGGAUCCACGAUGUUGAUCAGCUUUCUCCAUCGCCGGGCUUUUAUAACAAGCAACAAGCCAAAAGGACGGAGUUUAACAUUACAAAAUCAAAAAUGA